AACGGAAAGAUUCUCGAAUCGUCUACAUAGAAGCCACGAUGACUGACAAAGUUGCAUCACCAGUAGUUGCUUCGGCAACGGGUUCUCCUGCUCCCGCUAAAGCAGAGGUUGCUAAGAAAGCAACCAAGGCGAAAAAUCCAAAGCCUAAACCAACUCAUCCCAGCACCGCUGACAUGGUCAAUACCGCUGUAAAGACCCUCGCCGAGCGUAACGGAUCAUCCCUGCAGGCUAUCAAGAAGUACAUCGCUGCAAACUAUAAGAUCGACACUACGAAGGCCGCACUCUUCAUCAAGAAGUACCUGAAGUCCGCAGUUGCUGCUGGGACUCUUGUGCAAACGAAAGGAAGUGGCGCCUCUGGAUCGUUUAAGCUUCCAGUGAAAAGCGACGCUGCGAAGCCGAAGUCCAAGCCAAUGGCUGCCAAGAAGGAAGGACCGUCGAAGAAGGCUGCUCUCAAGAAACCCGCGAAGAAGGUGGAGGCUGCGAAGCCCAUGGUGAAGAAAGCGGCUUCUGCUAAGAAAGCUUCAGCGAAGAAACCGGCUGCUGAGAAGGCCGCCAAGCCAAAAGUAGCAAAAGCUGCCGGAAACCCAAAGAGUCCGAAGGCAAAGAAGGCCACUAAAGGACCGACUGCUAAGCCCAAGGCACCCAAACCGAGGAAGGCUGCUCCUUCCAAGGCCAAAGCAGCGGCGAAGAAGUGAAUUGAACGUCGUAAUUCAAUUCAACUGUAAUUCAAACCAAACGGCCCUUUUCAG